AGAGAAUCUAGUCACUGGUGAAGCUAAAGUGAGACCACGUUGAGCUACAACUUCCAAGUUGCCAGCAGGUCACAUGACCGUGAUUCGUGGUGCAUAACUCACUGCAACAAACUCCAAAUUCGGCAUAUUGUUCUGCAUCUUGUAGUACAGGCGUUACAGCGGUGUCAACUCGGCGGAUUCCUCGCAAUAAAUUCGACAAUUUCAUUCACCAUGUCGAGACCUGAGGAGGUGGUCAACCAGGUCCCCGAAGAUGAGGGCUCUGAUAUCGAGGCCGGCGGGCUCUUCGAAGACCCUCCUGACUUUUACCCUCCUUCGCCUCCCCCGACUACAGAGCACUACACCAUGAAGAAUGGCGACGACAUUACCCUGCACCUCGUCGGCCACAGCCCUCUCGAGGCCCACACCCUAUGGAACGGAGCCGUCAUCAUCUCACAGUACUUUGAGGAUCACCCCGAGGAGGUCAAGGACCGUACUGUCCUGGAGAUUGGCGCUGCUGCUGGUCUUCCCAGCUUGGUGGCUGCAGUGCUUGGAGCCAAAAAGGUUGUCGUGACCGACUUCCCGGAUCCGGACAUUGUGGACGUUAUGUGGAAGAACAUCCGUGGCUGCCCCAUGUUGGCGGUUGACCGCGAGGAGGAUCGCAACAUUGUUGCCGACGGCUAUGUAUGGGGUGGCAAGGAGGCUCCCUUGCUGGCCCAUUUGGGUGAACAGAAGGAAGGAGAGGCUGGGUUUGAUGUGUUGAUUUUGGCCGAUCUUCUUUUCCGUCACUCGGAACACAGCAAGCUGGUCGACACCAUCCAGUUUACACUGAAGAAGAAGCCCGGCAGCAAGGCGUUCGUUGUCUUUACCUCCUACCGCCCAUGGCUUCAGCACAAGGAUUUGGCUUUCUUCGAUCUCGCCCGCGAGAGAGGCUUCAUUGUGGACAAGUUCCUUGAAGUCAAGACCGAGAAGCCUUUGUUCGAGAACGACCCCGGUGAUGAGGAGAUUCGCAAGACCGUCACUGGCUGGACUGUGCGCUGGCCCACGGACGGCGAGAAGGCGGCGGCCAAGGCGGACGCAUGAGCUCGAUUCCCAAGCUGAGCGGAAGAUGAGAGCAUUACAAAACCGGUGAUGAGAGAAUCGACAUCAUUUCAAUUACGAUCUAGACAAUGAUACCCAUAUUGGCGGCCAGCCUGCCG